CAGCGCGCCGGCGCUGCGCGGAUUCGUCCCGAGCUCCCCAUAGGCAUCAGAUCCAGAAACUAAUAUCCUUGCUAGUUCCACGCGAGUUUUGGGACUCGAACUCACGGCUACCCUCGGCUGACACUGAACGGGACGCGUUGCCCCUGUGCCGUGGCGAAUCAGCGGCGCGUGGGAGGGAGCAUGCGGUCGUGGCUCUGAAGCCUGGGGGCCGGAGGAACCCUGUAGGAGUGGUUGGUCAGGUUGGGUCUGCACUGGUGACGGCCGUGCGGGAUGGCCGGCUUCCGUGCUAGCCCAGGACCUCGUGUUUAGAAGGCUGGGUGAUCACCUGGAGCUGCAGACGCUGGGGUUGUAGUUGCUGCUGCCUGGUGAGCCACUCAUUCACCCAAGUACCAGCGAGCUGGAACGAGAAGACAGUCCCUGGGGUACCGGUGCUGUCCUAACGGGCACAAGCCCUGUCAGAUCACCCGGAAAGCUGGGAACCCGAAGGCAGGGACCACAUGAGGCGCCAGGGAGCGCAAAAGAGGGCUGGUGGCAUUUCUUGGAUUUGGAGCCAAGCCUCCUCUAUCCUUAGCCGAGUCCUUACUGGGUGCUACAGGAAGAAUUCCUGAGAUUCUUACCCUGCUUUUCUGGGUCCCUCAACCCUGCCUUGCAAGAUGGACUCAGCCCUGUCUGCUGUCCGACUCACCGUACAAGAAGCCAUUCACACCCUUUCAUCCUCAGAGGAUGUGGGCCACAUCCUCUCCACCCUGGGGGCCCUGAAGCGGUACCUAGGUGGAACCGAGGAUCCAGCUCUCCCUGAGAAGGAGGAGUUUACCACCAUCCACUUCUCAGCCGUUCUCAGAUGUCUGGUCAGCAAGCUGAGUCCAGGUUGGCUGGAGCUAUCCCCCGACGGCCAGCUGGAGCGGCUUUGGGAGAGCUUCUUCCUGGACGGCCCCCCAGACCAAGCCUUCCUGGUGCUGAUGGAGGCCAUUGAGAGCACUGCUGGCCCUAGCUUCCGUCUGAUGAAGAUGGCUCGGCUGCUGGAGACGUUUCUGAGCAAGGGCAGACUGGCGGCUCUCAUGGAGGAGCAGUGUCGCCCGCAGACAAAGCCCAGCUUCUUCCUAGUCCAGGAGACACUGCUCAGCAAGGUGGUGGGCUUGCCUGACCACCUGGGCAACCGUCUCCAGCAGGACAACCUGACCGCAUUCUUCCCCCAGAACUACUUCCCUCUGCUUGGCCAGGAGGUUCUGCAAGCACUGAAGGCAGUUGUGAGCUUUCUCCAAGGUGGCCUAGACUGCUCUGUCUCCUUUGUGUCUCGAGUCUUGGGGAAGGUCUGCAUCCAAGGGAGAAAAAAAGAGAUUCUGGGCGUGCUGGUGCCCCAACUGACAGUGCUCACCCAGGAGAGCUGUCUGUGGCAGCGGGUGUGCUGGCGGCUGGUGGAGCAAAUGCCUGACCGGGCAGUGGAGGCUGUACUGACGGGGCUUGUAGAGGCCACUCCCAGGCCUGAAGUAUUGUCCCGGCUGCUGGGGAGCCUGGUGGUGAAGAACAAGAAAGCGCAGUUUGUGAUGACCCGGAAACUUCUGUUCCUGCAGUACCAGCACACGACACCCGUGCUGCAGAGCCUGCUGGGGUACCUGGCUAUAGACAGUCAGCGGCGGCCACUCCUCAUACAGGUGCUUAAGGAGCUGCUAGAGACGUGGGGCAACAGCAGUGCUGUCCGUCACGCACCCCUGGAGCAGCAGCACUACAUCAGUAAGGCCAUCCUGGUUUGCCUGGCGCACCUUGGGGCGUCGGAGCUGCAGGACAUCCGGGAUGAGUUGCUGGCCAGCAUGAUGGCGGGCGUGAAGUGCCGCCUCGACAGCAGCCUGCCCCCUGUGCGUCGCUUGGGCAUGAUUGUGGCCGAGGUCAUCAGCUCCAGGAUCCAUCCUGAGGGGCCUCAGCUGAAAUUCCAAUAUGAAGAUGACGAGAUGAGCCGUGAGAUGCUGGCCUUGGCCACACCCCAGCCUACGGGGGCCUGCUCCUCAGAAACAGGAGGCCCAUCCCUGGCUCCAGUUGCCACGGAGACCCCUGUAGAGACACCUGAAAAGACAGUGGCCAGUGAUGUGCCCCCAGCUCAGCUGCAGGGCUCUGACUCAGAGCUCGACAGCGAUGAUGAGUUCAUUCCCUAUGAUAUGUCAGGGGACAAAGAGCUGAAGAGCAGCAAGGAGCCCCUGUAUAUCCGAGACUGUGUGGAAGCCUUGACCACAUCUGAGGACGUGGAGCGCUGGGAGGGAGCCCUAAUGGUGCUUGAGGGCCUGGUUUACAGGAGCCCUGAGGCCACUCGGGAGGUGAGCGUGGAGCUGGCCAAGGUGCUGCUUCACCUGGAAGAGAAGACCUGCAUGGCAGACUUUGAACAACUGCGCCAGAGAGCUCUGGUGGCUGUCACAGUCACAGACCCAGAGCAGGUAGCCAAGUAUCUGACCUCACAGUUCUACGGCCUGAACUAUAGCCUCCGGCAGCGCAUGGACAUCCUGGAUGUUCUUGUCCUGGCUGCCCAGGCACUGUCUCGGCCACGGAGCCUCCAGAGGCUUUCCCAGCAUGGUCCCCCUGGUUCUGGCACCUCGUGUUCACCAGCACUAGCUAUUUCUCAGCCUGGCAAUGCUGUGGCUCCCAACUGGCAGCUGAUUGUGGAGGAGCGGAUCAAAAGCAAGACCCGGAGGUUCUCGAAGGGCUGUCCGCGGAGGGAGCUAUCAGGUGGCCCCAAUGAAUUCAACUCUGUGGCUGGUUACUUCUUCUUCCCCCUCCUUCAGCACUUUGACAGGCCUCUGGUGACCUUCGACCUCUUAGGAGAUGAUCAGUUGGUACUUGGAAGACUGGCCCACACCUUAGCAUCCCUGAUGUACCUGGCCGUUAACACCACAGUGGCCGUGCCUAUGGGUAAGGCCCUGCUGGAGUUCGUGUGGGCCCUUCGCUUCCACGUGGACACUUAUGUGCGCCGGGGCUUGCUGUCUGCUGUUUCCUCUGUUCUCCUCAGUGUACCCACAGAGCGGCUAUUGGAGGACCUGCCAGAUGAGCUGCUAGAAGCCAGAUCAUGGUUGGCAGAUGUGGCUGAGAAGGAUGUGGACCAGGACUGCAGGGAGCUGGCAGUGAGGGCUCUGCUGCUUCUGGAGAGACUCAGAGAUAAGCUCCUUUCGGUCUCUUCUCUGUAGCACUGAGGACCCCCUCGGCUACCCCCACUGGAAGAAGGGAAGGCCUGAGGGGCGAGUCCACACGCGGGCUGUCUGUGGCAGCGGGGUCUGGAGGGGCCCGUUGGUACUAGUGUGACCCUGCCGUUACUUAUGCCCUGGCAAGACCGAGCAUUCAGCUAAAGCCUGUGCCAUGGGACUCAACAGCUUUAGACUGACUGGAAUUAGGACUGGGGUGCUGGGGCGUGGGGGUGGUGGUGGUGGUGCAAGAGGUGCCUCCUCCUGGCUCUGUGGCCAGGGCCUCAAGGGUGAAGAUAAGAGACAGCUGUUCAGCUUCUAGUAUACCCUGAAGGGGAUGCUAGAACAGCAGACCAGGGGUAACCCCUGGGUCCCCAGGGCUUCUGACAAUGUUCCGUGAGAAUAAACAGGGCCACAGAUGUCACAUAGUCUGCCUUUGUGGUUCUCAUUGGCAAGGACUUAGUUCCUACAUGGGUCCUCCUGAGGGGCAGCAAGGAG